CUAUGCGGCGGAAAGUCCUAUGACAAAGACGGAGCAGACAGGUCAUGUACGGUCAAAUCUGUUAGUAUCUGUCUGCCGUAGUGUCCACAUGUCUCCUGCGUGCUUUGUGUACUCGCAAUAACUGCUGUCGAUGUAGACUGCUUGGAGAAGAAAAACACAUCGGGUUUAAAAGAUAUAGUAUUCUAGCUCUGCAAGCUUGGAGCAGGCAACUCCGUUACCUGUUUAGUUCGUGACUGCUAUCUUUAAUAUUCUGUUUGAUGUCAAACAGUCAAGCAAUGGCAGACAGUUCAGGUUCUAAUUAUAUAGAGACAGAGAGACGAGGUCCAGUGGUCAUUAUUCACCUCAAUCGGCCAGAAAAGCGAAAUGCCGUCAACGCCAAGAUGGCAAGUCAGCUGACCAGAGCAAUGGAUGCAUUCCUGAAUGACGACAGCGCUCAUGUGGCUGUCCUCCAUGGCCGUGGUGGUCACUUCUGCGCUGGUGCAGACCUGGAGGAGGUGUCCCAGCGCGACCCCCAGCAGCUUUUACCUGACCCUGAAAGUAGAGGCACAGGACCCAUGGGUCCAAGUCGUAUGGUGUUGACCAAGCCUGUGAUAGCAGCCGUGGAAGGCUUUGCUGUUGCUGGAGGCAUGGAGUUAGCCAUGAUGUGUGAUCUCAGAAUCGUGGACCAUUCUGCUGUGUUUGGGGUCUAUUGUAGACGAUUUGGUGUCCCACUGAUAGAUGGCGGCACUGUGCGUCUUCCCCAGUUGGUUGGGUUCUCCAGAGCGAUGGACCUCAUCCUAACUGGGCGGCCAUGUCCCGCGACAGAGGCGUACAACAUAGGACUGGCCAACAGACUGGUACAGAAUGGGAAAGCUCUGGAAGCUGCCAUAGAUCUAGCUCAGCAGAUAGCAGGUUAUCCCCAGGAAUGUAUGAUAGCAGACAGACAGUCUGCACACCACGCGACAUUCGAUGCUAAGAGGUUCUUUGAUGCAGUGCAGUUUGAGUAUUACAACGGGAGUGGGGUUAUCAACCACGAGGCAAUAAAAGGUGCUCAGAGGUUUAUGGAAGGAGCAGGAAAACAUGGAAGUUUUGAAAAUUUAAAUGAUUCCUACAAAAAGAAGAUGUCCAAGUUAUAGCUGUAGAAGAAAUUGUGGUAGCUGAGAUAGUCAUGAUUGUGCCAGAUGAGACCAUCAUGAUUGUGAAGGAAGUGACUGUUGAUUUUGAUGGACAGGGAUAUUUCUGCACUCAAAUCUCAGGAAAGACGUAUAUGACAUGCUUAUCAUUUUCAUUCGAAGAAAUUUGUUUUCUCUAAAAAAAAAAAAAGACUGAAUGAACGAUUAAGACACUUGCACUUAUUUCAGUAUUAGAGUAUUGAUUUGAGUUGUAGAACUUAAACUGGUACACUGAAAAUAAGUUGAAAACUGUUUUUUCCAGAUGCACUAUGCAAGUAACACUUACAGGCUGUGAAACAUGAUCAGGUGUUGUGGAAAGCUUUGAGUUAUGUAUAUGGAGUGAGCAAAGAUUUCCUGAAACGCACAAGAAUCACUCCUAUUUACCUCUUAUAUGACUCAAAUAAAGUGUACAUGUAACAAGAUAAACCAAAAUAAUUACUUGAUCAGCAAAAAAAUAACUAAAAAUAAAACAAAAAACUGCACCAUCUUUAGAUUUCUGGACAGGGACUUGACCUAUUAAUCUUUCCUACUAGUUCAUCAAAGUCUGCCAAAUCAGAAAUGAGGUAGUAAUAUAAGAGGCAUAACUGCUGCUCACUCAAAAACAAAUAUUCAAAUGAAAGGUGGAAAUGACCAAGGGUUAUAUACUGCACAGAAGAAAAAAAAGCAGAAAAUGUCAGUUCAGAUAUUUUACUUUUCCAGGAAGUUUAAGGUGACGCCUUUUGGUAUUCUAGAGUAAAACAAUGUUGAAUUAUGAGAUAAUAGGAACUGUGUCUGUUCUUUGGUUUAGGGAACCGUGAAGAGGUAUCUUCCUCGAAGUACACUGUUCACAGAAUGUUAGAAGUGAGAAAUUUCUGUUCUUUCUAAAGCAUUUCUCAUCUUCCCUUUGAUGUUAUCUUAAAAUUGAUUAGGAAGUAAAGUUUACUAACUUGAUUUUAUAGAACCAAUAUUUUUCGAUUUUAUUGGACCACUAUUGUUCAGUGGGGGCUGUGGUAAAGCAACAUAACAUUUUAGAAGAAUUCGGAUAUUUUUAGCAUAUAUGGUGAUAUUCUGAAGUGAUUAUAUACAUGAGUAUAGUGCAUUUGAGUGAUAAUAUAUAAUAUAUAUGAGAAGAUGAUGAGGAGAUACGUCACAGUUGACCAGAGCAGUCAGUGGAGGCAGGCCUAGCAUUUACACUGCAUAUCCUUGAAAUGUGAGAUCACUACUUUAAAACAUGGUUGGAAAAUUAAAAAGUACUGGCCUUGUGGUCUUUAGUCUCUCUGAAAUGGGCAGAGGAUAUCAUACAUGAAAUAAUUAUCAUUAAGUGAUAACUACAUAUUCUAAUUGUAACCUGGAAAAAGUUAACUACCUCUUCAGGCUCUUUCACAAACUAUCAGUCUCUAUGUAGAUUGAUCCAACUCAACAGGGAAACUUGCUGAAUGCAAUCAGAUGAAGA